UUCCCGGGCGCGGAGCGUUGCGUUUGUCUGGCGGGGUGGCAGCCAUGCCCCUGAGGAAGCCCGCGGGCAAGCGGCGCAGCACCGACUCGGGCGUGGAGCGCGACCGCGGGGCCCUCUCCCAGGAGAAGAAGGAUCAGCGCAUCGCGCUCUUCCUCAGCGACUUCGACCAGCAGGCCAAGGAACAUAUCCAGGAAAUGAAGAAGGAACUUGAUGCGAUUUUACAAACAGCUGAGAAGGCGUUUACAGUGGAGCUGCUGAAGAUGCCUGUUGCCAUCAGGAAAAUGAAAAGAAAAGACUUGCUUAAUUUGCGAGGAGGGGAGGAAAUGGCUCUUGCUGCUGUGGUGACUGACUGCUCUCUAGAAGACAUACCAAAUCCAAAACUGGUGAGGACCAAUAGCAGAAAAGUUAAGGUAACUACAAUUGUUGAAUAUGAAGAUGCCAAGCAUAUGUCUGCAAAGAAAAUACCUAAAAAAGUUUCCAAAACCAAGUCAUUGGUUUCACUGGCCUCUGGUUUAAAUGACAAACUGAACCCUCUUUCUAGGUCUGUUUACUCUUCUGCAAGUAUGACUGAAGCCAUUAAGUCUCCUACUUCUGAUUGCAGUGCCACAAGUUUCAAAGCCAUGCCAAAGGUAUUUAAAAGUGCCAGACUACAGCAGACUGUCUCAAGAACCGUACCUAUCAGUGGAAGAGUUCAAGGCAUGUUACUAAGAAGUAAAUCAGUACCCCAAGAUAAAACUCUUCCAUUUGUAAACAUUCCCCUCGCUGAUGGACAGACACUCUGCACGGCUGGUGGAGACCUCCAUAAUAUUGAUGUGCAACUACUAAAUCAAGAUACAGUACAGCAUAUUCAUAACUUAGUGUUUUAGAGUCUGCAACAAGGAUGUUCAGCAAUACUCAAAAUGCCAGUGCCUACCCCAGCACAUGGAAAUCCUUGGAGUUUGUCCCUCCAACCUCAUUGGUAAAGUUUCAACAACUAUCUGAGCAAUAAUUAAACAUGUCACACUUCAGAUUUGUAAAGAAAAGCAAAGGCAUCUUUCAACUUCCUCACUUCAACAAAAGGUAGAGAAACCUCACUAUAGGUAAGCAGCUUACCAACAGAAGUUCAUGCACAGUAACGUAACAAAAUGCUUAGAUAACUAACUGUACCCAAUAAUUACUUAAGGUCACAUUUUUGCUUUGUUGUGGUAUUUUUACCAAUUAAAAGCAUAUAAAAAGGAAUAGAACUGAAGCUGGAGAACUUAAUGUCUUAAUAGUUGAAACAAAGCAUAAACUACUGGAAAAAUAACAAAACCAUAUACAUUUAGGAUGUUUCCAGGUCAAAAAUUUUUGUCAAGUACAGUACUAAUCUCAAUCUCUUUACAAACUGUGUUAAUACAACCACAAGUUGUGAGGCAUAAUGUUCAUUUUUACAAAGACUUUCAAACUGGAAACAUUUCUCUAGGAAGUCAGGCCAAAUCAGGCUUUGAAUUGGAUUCAAAAGCUAAGAUAAAGACACCAUUAUUUUGGGAUUUCAUCAUUUUAAUUUAAAAGGUUUUGCUAUCUUCUGAUUGAACUCACAAUAUCCUUGUGUUUGAUUCAUACAAAGGGGACAUGGCUGCAGACUUCCCUGUGCCCCUUCAGUCAUACCUUAUUUCAAGGAAAGACUUUUAUAUGUGGCACACAAUUUUUAUCUAACUGUAACCAAGUCUUUAAAGCAGCUUCAGCCUCCCUGUGUUUAUAAAAUGUCUACCAUCUACAUAGUCUCUUCGUACACAGAACAGUUAAAGCCAUUGGAAAAUUAAGAGUUACAAGGCAAAAGAAAUAUAUUAUACACCAACUGCUUUUAUUUAAUUUCAGAAACCGUUCACAAGAUGGUAGAAAAAACUUACAACCACUUCUAAUUUAGUCUUCCAUUGUUCCCAGUCAGCUCUAAACCCAUUAUGUGCAAAGCCCAUUUACCAUGCAUCUAGAUGAUAGAUACAGGCUAUGAAAUUCUUUAUUCUACUUGUAGCAGCUUAUGCAGGUGCAGCCAAAUACCAAGCCUCAGGACAAAUUGUACACAAACUUUACAAUGUAGAAUUUGAAUUUAAAAUAUGAAACUUAAAAUCUACACAAAACUGGUAAAAAUCAAGCACAGAUACGAGGACAAACUUAAAACCCAUGUGAAAAGGAGUCUCGUCUUCCUUUCAAGUGCUUUAUUCUGCUACACAGUCAAAAUGAAGAUGUAAGCUUGUGGUUAGUUUAAAUUACACUCUGUAGAUACUAUAGACCAAUUUAAAAGUUACACAUACAGCAAUAGAUGUCCAUUGGUUCAUCU